AUGAUGAUUUUUGCUUACGAUAAACUUGGGAUAAUUGUCACUGAUCGAGUUCCAAUUGGCAGUAGUGUAACCGGGAAUUACUAUAAAAUAUUCCUUGCCAAAAAAUUGCCACCGGAAAUCCGUAAAAAGCGACCAGGAAUGUUACAAAAUGGUGUGUCCAUAUUGCACGAUAAUGCGCGGCCGCAUAUCGGAGCACCAGUCGUCGCUCUUUUGGAGAAACAUGGAUGGGAACGCCUCAAACACCCACCGUAUUCGCCGGAUUUAAGUCCUCCGGACUUUGAUUUAUUUCCAAAACUGAAGGAACCACUUAGAGGGAUCCGUUUUCCCAACUUAGAUAUACUAAAUGAAGAAGUGAGCCGAAGGAUCCGUGGACUCAACAAAGAUGGCGUCCUAUGCGGCAUUCAAGCGCUCCCGAAUCGAUGGCAAUCGUGUAUAGACAAGCAGGGAGAUUAUAUCGAAGGUCUAUAA